CCUGCCAAUCUGAAGUGUCCCAUGCGGAGCGAUUGCGGUUUGAGCGGGUCCAAGUCGGAGUGAUUUCCCAGCCCUUUCUCUGCGGGGCGGAAUGAUUAUCACACCGCUGUAGAUAUACACUAUUAUGCUAGAGCCACGCGCGCCCUUCGCGCGCUUAAGUCCUACCCAGGCACAGGCACCGGAUGCGUCGCGAAGCGAAUGAGGUGGGGAGAGGUUGCAGGAAAAGCGGUGGAUAACUAACUGGUGACUCACUGAGGACUGCCAGGCAUAUAAUCCACCCACUGGCCCUCGUAGCCAUCGGCCCUCUCGAUGAGAUGGAGCAACAGCAGCAUGAUGACGAAAAGCUCGCGGCCAGAGCGAGAAUGGUUAGGCGGAGAAGUCCCCCUCGAACCUCCUCACAAGAGGCCUCCAAAAGGCCCGAAAGAAGCUUCCACCAGGGCCCACAACGUCUGGUCCGCACGUGCUCCGGACGUGCACCCCGCGAAGCGAGAGGAAUUUUAUUAAAGAGUAAGGGUCACUAGUUGAAAUUUCGCUGGCCAUGCCCUUCAAUUCAACAAACAUGUCCACAAUCACAGGGUCAGGCAACGCAUAGAAGGCGUACGCGCCGACAAUACUGGUGAGGCUGAGGUCCCUGUCUCGUGCUGCGCGGAUGAGAUCUGGGAUAUGCGGCGCAAGGGUCCGGAAUAUUUCGUCCGUCUGGAGAUUCCGCUCAAUCAUGCUCAGGCCGAACACAAUUUCGCCCAACGGAUUGACUUGUUUGUCCUUUAUCAGAUCCGGCAGGGCUUCCAGCACCGCAAGGGUUGCGUGCUCGCGAAGGAGGGCAUGCUCGCCUGCGGAAAGGCCAGCGGAGACAACGCCGUCUAGGCGUCCCAGACUAUAGAUCACAUUGCCCAGAUAGUGUCCCCUCUCGGUCCAAACACUACGACUGUCUGGCGGUUCUUGAAACUGCUGCUCGACUUCCAGCCUGGAAUGUCCUCCAUCACCAUGAAGAGCAGAUUUUUCCAUGCAUUCGUCUGCCCCGCCUGACUCGAAGCCUCGAAAUUAACUUUUGAAAGCCGAAGCAGGAUCGAUGCCCGGUGUAACAUAUCGGUGUCCUCAUGCUCGAAGAGGCUGAAGAGCUCGUCACUCGUCAUUGCGGCUUGGAUGUUCUUCAUCAGACUCGAGGGGGACAUGCAGAAGCAACGCACAUCUCGAGCAUACCUCCGCUCCCUCAGAAAGCAUCGCGGCCAGGCACCAUGACCACGAACUGGGUCGAGGGUUCUCCCCUGCGGGCGACUCGCCGCCCUGCCCGCAGAAGCAGAGCUGCACAGGAACAGUGCUCCGUGGCUGCACACAGCAGCUGCGAUGGCAGUGCAAAAGCAUGUCAAUGUUCCACCAGCACGCCGUCCACGGUGCAAAACCAUUCGCGCGACAAGCAGGACGCCAACUGAGAAGAGCAAGCCUGGCCCGUGCAUGUCUCGACACCUGAAACCAAACCGGCUUGGGCCAGCGCCGCUUGAGCCAAAACGGCUACGGACGGAAGAGGACAUGGAGCAGACUGAGAAGCAGCAGUGCUGGGAGAAGGAGGAGGGAUGGGAGAACAACAGAGGCUGAGGGGCCCCGGACCGAUGCGGCUUGGUUCUUGCCUGCCUGCCACCCUCCUGGCGCCGUGCCGCGCGAAAGCGGCGCUGGCCCAGGUCGCGCACGCAUCUUCGCGCACCUCGCCCCGCGAGGCGCGGCGCGAGGGCAUCUCCGCGCCGCCCACGCCGCUCCCUCGGAGAAGGCCGG